AUGGCCAAACCCUAAGGAGCUGGAUCUAUUUGGAACCCCAACAGUUGGCAUUGGGAAGAAAAGAAUUAUACCACUAUUGCAAGACAAUUAAUCGAAUAGAAAAUUAAGGCAAUCAAAGUUGAAUCUGGAGACAUCAUCUUGACCAAUAUAGAACUCAAGUCCAUCAGUGGAGACGCUUAAGUCAACAUUCGAAAAGGAAAGUAAGUACUAGUCUAUGAUUUCGAUAUUGAAGUGGAAUGGAGAGGCUCAAAUGAAAGUGAUGAAGCAGAAGGAACUUAUAAGAUUAAAGAUCUAAAUUCCUUAGAUAAUGAUUUUGAAUUGAUUCAUAUCAAUAGCAGAUCCAAAACUAAAAUCUCAGACAAAUGCAAGGACAUGGUUAAGAGAGACAUGCACAUGAAGUUAAAAGAGUCUUUCAAAACUUUGAUGUAAGAAAUAGGUCAAUUUGAAUCUGACCCUGAAAAAUUAAAGAAAGAUCAAGAAGCCAGGAAACAUGCUGAGGAGUAAAUAAAAUAAGCCAAAGAACAAAAUGGAGAAUUGAAGGAACGUAUAUUUUAAGAAUAAAAACUUAAAGAAAUGAAAAUGAAGUAAGAAUUUACAUAAGUUUCCUCAUAAUGAUUAAAAAGUAUUAAAUAUAUAUAAUAGUUUAA